AUGAACUCAGAAUAUUUUUGGCCUUAAUAUAGAGUGAAGCCUAUUAUUUCAGGAGGGUGUGUUUCAAAUCAAAAUGAACAACUCUAAAAAUUCAAAAUCAAUAUUACAAAUCCUAUGCUAGAUUCUAUUACAUCGAUUAAUUCGGACAUAGAUGAACCAUUAAAAUAAAUAUUAUUACAAGCAGGCUUACAGUAAUAAGAUCUUAACAAUCCCUCUUACAAUUCUUUGUUUCGUUAUCUGUCCCAAGAACCGCUAAAAAACACUACUAAAUUAAUAGCCAAUAAAUAAUAAAGAAAGACAUAGCCUCAAGUACCAAGUAGGCAUUCUACAAUAAUGCCAAAGAAAUCUAUAGUAGUGUCUCAAUUCAAUUUUCAACAUAACAGUUCGAAUGCUUAAAACAAACCCCCUCCCAAACUAUUGAGUAGAUUCCCUGCCAUAGAUUUAAUUGAAUAAAUCUAGACACUAAAUUUAAAACAAAUAGAGUAGCAAUAAGGCUAAGAGGAUGAUAUGGAACCAAAAUUUGCCUUAAAUCUUAUAACAAAUGAAAGAAAUCUGGACUACAGUUUUUCAAGUUAAUCUGAUGAUUUAGACAAUGAGAAAAUAGAUUCUUGA